AUGCACGUGGACCCACCUGUUAGUGGCUCAAACGUUACCGCCGGCGUUUACGGCAAAACGCCGGGGGUCACGCGUGCACGACUUAGUCGUUUGGUGGCCGCGCGUUUACCCCCAAAUCGACCUGCCGCCGUCGCCGCCUCCCCCAAAUCCCCUGCGCCGUCGUCGAUCCGCCGUCGCCACGCGCCUCCCCUAAAUCCCCCACCGCACGUCGCCGUUGCCGCCUCCCCCAAAUCCCCUGCGCCGUCGCCCUCGAUCCGUCGCCAUCGCCGUCGCCCUCGAUCCAUCGCCAUCGCCAUCGCCGUCUCCCUCGAUCCGUCGCCAUCGUCCCCAGCCAAAGCCUCCGCCCUCGCGCCCCCGCCGAAUUCACACCAGAACCAUCCUGCCGCAGCUCCCAUCGCAGCAGCUCACGCCCGCCUCUCCAGCCCGCCGACCAGGUGCCAACCGCCGCAGGAACCGCCGCAGGAACAAGCUGCCCGCCUCUCCGACCUCGUCUUCACCGCUCACUCCUGCAGAAGCUCAAGUUUGUUGCCCAGAUAUGUCUCUGCAGGUACAUUGAGUGCCAAUGUUUCGCCGAAAUGUUGA